GUGACGUUAGCUUUUGACGUCAUUUAUAGGACCAAAUGAAAACAAAACACAUUUUUGCAAAAUAUGUCUUCUUUAUUGAUUUCUCUUUUAUCGCACUAAUUGAAUUUGAUUAAGGAUGAUAACAGAUAUUGCUUGUAAAAGUUUUAUUCAAUAUUGAAAAUCUAUGCAUGUUAACUCAACUAAUGAACAUGAAGCGGACAAUUGAUCAAGUUAACGAUAAUAAUUUCAUGCAUAUUUUUAAAUACUAUAAGGGUAACAAUAACAAGCCAUCGUUUGAGAAUGUAAUAUCAUUCAAAAAAGAUAGAGUUAGUGAAAAGGUUGAGGUGUUUAUUCCUAACUAUGUUAUUGAUGAUGCUAGAACAGAGUUUCUGGGUUUAAAACCAGCAAAUGUGUGGAAGACUUAUAAAUUUAUACAUCAUCCGGGAUUACUGCUUAUUAAAAACCCAUUUACAAGUGUGGGCCAGCGCUAUUGGAUAAGAAAAUGUUUAGAACAGUAUUCUAGAAAACCAAAUAAAACCAACUUGGAUAUCGAAAUAAUUCUAAAUGAUUGGUGGAAAGAAUGUUAUAGGAAAGGAGAAUGUGAUGUAAAGUUACUUAAGAAGAUGCGUUGGACAACUCUUGGAUAUCAUCACAACUGGGACACUAAAAUAUACAGGGAAGACAACAAAUCAGUAUUUCCUGAAGACUUGGCGGAACUUUGUGACUGCAUGGCACAAUAUCUGGGAUAUGAAGAUUUCAAAGCGGAGGCUGCAAUUGUCAAUUAUUACCAUUUGAGUUCAACUCUCUCGGCACAUACUGAUCACUCUGAGGUUAACUUGGAAGCUCCAUUGUUCUCUUUUAGUUUUGGUCAAUCAGCAAUAUUUUUAAUUGGGGGAAGAGAGAAGAGUGUAACACCAUCUGCAAUUCUGCUUGAGAGUGGCGAUAUUGCCAUUAUGUCGAAAGAAGCACGUCUCUCAUACCAUGCUGUACCAAAAAUUGUACCAGCAACAUCGGAACCAUGGAACAAUCUGGAAUUUUCUAAAGAAAUUGUUGAUAAACCAAUAACAUUUAAAUAUAUCACAGAUAAGCAACAGUUAAUAAGUGAUAUGAAUAAUAAUAUAGAUGAAGAUGAUUGGAAUUUGUUUGGAAAAUAUGUAAAAGAAUCCAGAAUAAAUAUGAAUGUACGACAAGUAUUAUAUAGAAAUCAAAAAAGUUUACAUGAUGUAGAGUUUAUUAAAUGAUAUUUAUUGAU